AUGUCUGGUACCGGCCCAAGAGAGAAUAUUUUCCCCACCCGUAUGGCACUUACAAAUACCAAACUGCGUCUCAAAGGUGCGCAGACGGGACAUUCGUUGCUUGCGAAGAAGCGGGACGCGUUAACUACCCGAUUCCGGGCGAUCCUCCGGAAGGUCGACGAGGCAAAGCGAAAGAUGGGGCGGGUCAUGCAGCUCGCGUCCUUCUCCCUGGCCGAAGUCACCUAUGCUACUGGCGAUAUAUCAUAUCUAGUGCAAGAGCAGGCCAAAUCUGCCUCGUUCAAAGUCAAAGCAAAGCAGGAGAACGUCUCGGGCGUUGUCUUACCGGCGUUCGAGGUCGAUCGUGUACCGGGCACAGAUUUCAAUCUCACGGGUCUCGGUCGCGGCGGACAGCAAGUCUUACGAGCCAAGGAAGUGUAUGCAAAGGCGGUAGAGACGCUAGUCGAGCUCGCCUCUUUGCAGACAGCGUUCAUGAUAUUGGAUGAGGUCAUCCGCGCUACGAAUCGUCGCGUGAAUGCAAUUGAACAUGUCGUGAUUCCGCGACUGGACAACACUAUCAAGUACAUCCUGAGCGAACUGGACGAAAUGGAUAGAGAGGAGUUCUUCAGAUUAAAGAAAGUCCAAGGCAAGAAAAAGCGCGAUACAGAAGCCGCAGAGGCUCAGAGAAAGUUGCUUGAGCAAUCGGAAGACGUCACAUCUUUCAUCCCCGAGAUUGAAGGAGGUGGAGGUGACCUGCUGAGUAGUAAAGACGAGGAUAUCAUAUUCUGA